AUGAGGUUGCCUUGGGCCAAGCAGACCCAAAAGUCUGCCAACAGCUCUCCUUCUACCGAAGGCGAGAAUUCCCCAGAGACUAUCGCCACUGCGCCGGAGAAGCCAGAUGCAGUAGACACAGUCGAGUCUAGCAAUGCAGCACCAGAUGCCCAGAAUUCGAAAGAACAUGAAGCGGUGCGAACAGACUCGGUCGCCUCCAGCUCUGGUGUCGAAGACGAGUCGAAAUACUUGAAGGGUCCUCCCCUGUUCUUCCUCACCCUCGGACUUUCUUUGACGACCUUUGUUAUUGCCCUGGACAACACCAUCAUCGCCACAGCUAUUCCACGCAUCACUACCGUCUUCAACUCCCUCGACGACGUCGGCUGGUAUGGAUCAAGCUACCUCUUGACAACCACGUCUUUGCAGCCUUCCUUCGGCAAGGUGUACACCUACUUCAAUGUCAAAACCACUUUCAUCAUUGCCCUCACCAUAUUCGAGGUCGGAUCCGUUCUGUGCGGUGCCGCAACCAAUUCUACCAUGCUCAUCGUCGGCCGCGCCGUUGCGGGAGUUGGCGCCGCCGGUCUUUUCUCUGGUGGUAUGACCAUCAUCGGGUAUUCAGUACCUCUGCGGAGAAGACCGAUUUUCAUUGGAUUCGUCUCGUCAAUGUUUGGCAUCGCUUCGGUGGUAGGACCUAUUCUAGGUGGCGCAUUCACAGAUCGCGUAUCCUGGCGCUGGUGCUUCUACAUCAAUCUGCCCAUCGGCGCCAUCGCAAUCCUGACGGUGUUCUUCUUCUUCAAGAACCCCGAUCGCGACCACAGCAACCUCACCCUCAAGCAAAAGAUUCAAAACAUCGACCUCCUCGGCGCCUUAUUCCUCAUCUCCGCCAUCGUCUGCCUCCUCCUCGCCCUGCAAUGGGGCGGCAUCACCUAUCCCUGGCGAGACUCCAAAGUCUGGGGCUGUCUCCUCGGCUUCGGUCUGCUCAUCGUCACCUUCACCUGCAUCCAACUCUGGAAAGGCGAGCAAGCCACGCUCCCUCCACGCAUCAUGCUCCACCAACGCACCGUCUUCACCUGCGCUUUCUUCUCGGCCUUUCUCGCCAUGGGGCUGUAUACACACAUCUACUACCUGCCCUUCUACUUCCAAGCCGUCAAGGGCACCACGGCCGAAGGCUCCGGCAUCCGCACCAUCCCCUACCUCGUCAGCAACACGCUCUUCAGCAUCGUCAUCGGCGCCACCAUCACCUUUGUCGGCUGGUACGUCCCCUUCACCUGGUUCGGCAGCGCCCUCUUCACCGUCGGCUCCGGCCUCCUGUACACGCUCAAAGUCCACUCCUCCGCCGGCGAGUGGAUCGGCUACCAGAUUUUGACCGGCGGUGGCUCCGGCACCUGCGUGCAGAUCCCCUUCAUCGCCGUGCAGGUCGUGCUGGCCAAGAAGGACAUGCCGACGGGGAACGCCGUCGCCAUUUUUUUCAACUCGCUCGGCGGCGCCAUCUCCAUCAGCAUCGCGCAGAAUAUCUUCGCCAACACCCUCGUCAAAGAGGUGCCGAGGUAUGCGCCGGGGCUGGAUCCGCAGAUCUUGCUGGCGGCGGGCGCGACGAAUGUGAGGAGCGUGGUGCCGCCCGAGUUGUUGGAUGGUGUGCUGUUUGCGUAUAAUAAGGCGGUCACGAGUAGUUAUAUUCUGGCGGUUGCGUGUGGCGGGCUGGCGGCGUGUAGUAGUGUGUUGUUCGAGUGGAAGAGUGUUAAAGGGAAGAAUUUGAUGGCGGGCGCGGCUUGA